AUGAAAUACCUUUUCUUCUAUGCGCUCUUUGUUUUAUCCCUAUCAGGCCCAGUUAUCAACCUAAAGAUUCAGACCUUGCUGCACCACAAGAAAUGAUUGAUGAGGUUAACGGUAUUCAAGACUCAUGGGUUGCUUCUGCUGAUUGGGUUGGAUAUAUGACAAUUGCUGAAGCCAAGCGCAAAGUUUCUUUACAACCAAUAUCUCAGGAAUUUCCAGAAUAUGACUGGGGUGCAGUCUUAA